AUGUAUCCUAACCUUGGUUUACAUCACCGGGCCCUCCUUUCCUCCCAUCCUACGAUUGAUCGUUUAUGCACGAUCGAGUGUAAUUUCCUUGCAACUUCGAAUGAUGAAGCUUUAUCUUCCUCCAAGCAAAGCUCUAUGUCCAAACUUCCCAUGCAUAUUGACAACGCAGUGCUACUCUAUCUGUUCCAGCCCAUGGCAUCUUUCAUCUUCUCUACUUCCUUCAUCAAGUAUCGCCACUGUGCGCAGUUUCCAUCCCUAGCAAAUAUUCUUGCUGCUUCGUCCACCAAGUUCUCCAAUUCAAACGAUGAGAAGAAAAUUACACUUUAUGAUUCAGAAGAUUCGAAUCGCCUUGCCUGUACUUCCGCAUUGCAAUCACAUGUUUUUGCAAGUUUAAUAAUCAAUGAUAUUCAUGAUUGUUCCGAGAUCCCAGGUCAUGAGAGCCUUUGUCAACCGUUCUAG